CAUGACUCGGACGAAACAGGAGUCGUUGCGCGAACAUGGCAGAGCAGCAACAUCAACAGCAACAGCUUGAAGAGCAGCGUGAAGAGCAGGAAGCUGCGCCAGGCAAGGCGUCGAGGAUGGACCUGUUUGAUGAUGACGAUGACGACGAUGAUGUGGACUUGGAUACGGACGUGUCCAUUGCCUCGUCUGCCUCAUCUUCAGACGCUGAUGACGACGAUGACGACGACGGUGGCGCCUUGUCAGAGAGCGAAGACGACUGGUAUGCGGCACACCUGAAGGAAACGAAGCAAAACUCGCUCCUUGCGACGGCAAAGUCACAGCAAACCAACAACGGGGAUGCAGACGAGACUACAGCAACAUCGGAGGACCAAGCAGCGCAUGAACCCAACAAACUUGUCUCGUUCUCAUUGCAGGAAGCCCAAGACGGUGACACAAGCAAGGACGCUGCAGCAGCACUUGGUGCCCUCUCCAGGGCUGACCAGCUCAACUUGUACCGCAUGCAACAAACGCUGCGCCAACACGUCCACAAGAUGCACCUCAUGUGCCUGCUAGGCAACCUGGUUAUUCGCAGCAGGGUGUGUGAUAAUGCGGACGUUCAGGCCGGUGUGCUCUCGUGUUGCCCUUCCUGGGCCCUCCGUGAACGCUGGACCAAGCAGCGUGUGAGAAAGCUGUGCACGUGGUUCGCUGCGAACAUACACGCGACCACGCAUCACCACCAAAGACACGAACACGGCAUGCACGAGGGUGGACUGCAUCUCCACCCCGCUGGCGUAUCCAUCCUGCGCACAAUGCAGGACCAACGCGGUCCUCCUUGGGCCGUCACAUGCGCGUGCGCAUCUGUAUUGCGUCAUGGCGGUGUGCGCGUGCGUGUGGUGUCGGCCCUGCAGCCGCUGUCAAAGAAGGUGCCCACAGCAGACUCGGUGCUUGCAAGCAAGACGAGCAGCGGCAGGCGCCGCAAGCGGGCCAAGGUGCUGCAAGAGGUGAUUCGCAUUGACUCUGGUGAUGACGACGACGGUGGUGGAGGUGGUGGUGGUGGUGGUCACACCAAAGGACGUGAUAGCCGUGGUCGUGGUGGGGCAGCUCGAGCACAAUCUUCGGCCGCAAGCACUGAUGCGCAGACACGACCACGCAGCACAACAACACCAACAACGGCAACGGCCACAACCACAACAGCGACAUCAUCAUCAUCAUCAUCAUCAUCAUUGGUGGCCCGCCGCCAGAGAAGGAGAAGAAAGAGAGAACACGCCAGCGCCACGAGCAGCAGCAGCACUGCAACCGCGAGCAGUGGGCGGUACUGCUGGUGGCUGGAGGUGCUGUUUGGCGGGCGCGCUGCUGGAUGGACACACGUCGACCCCAUCGCGGGUGUCGUGGACGAUGCGCAGCGUGUUGCAGCGAGGGGACGCAAGAAGCUUGGCGGGAGCGGGCCCGGGUGCGGCAUGACGAACGACGCGCUUGUGUCGCUGCUGCAGAGCGACGAGCGGCUGAUGGCCAAUCCGCUGGCGAAGGAGGGCGUUGAUGAGAUUGCCCUCCUCAUCAAGUACUGCAAGCACUUUGCAGCCGACAAGGCGGUGUCGUUUGACAUGAGCCUUGCCCGCGGGCUGGACUACUACACGGGCGUGAUCUACGAGGCCGUGCUCGUUGGGCAGCGCGUCGGCUCCGUUGCUGGCGGCGGCCGGUACGACGACCUGGUCGGCAUGUUUGACAAGAAGGGCCGCAAGGUGCCCUGUGUCGGCGUCUCGCUCGGCGUCGAGCGCCUCUUCACCAUCAUCGAGGAGCGCGAGCGCAAGGCGGCGGAGAAGAGUCUCAAGACGCGCCACACCCAAGUCCUCGUCGCAAGCGGACAGGGCAUGGUUGAGGAGCGCCUUGAGCUGUGCGCUGCGCUGUGGGCGGCCGGGUUUGCGGCGGAGACAUCGUACAAGCGCAAGUCGAAGCUGCUGAAUGCGUUCCAGGAGGCCGAGGAGAGCGCCAUCCCCGUCGUUGUUCUCGUUGGCCCCGACGAGCUGCAGCGUGGCGUCGUUAAGGUGCGCCACACCGCAACGCGUGAGGAGGAGGAGAUUGCACGCGAGGAUCUCGUUGACCGGCUCAAGACCCUCCUCUAAACACACACACACACACAUGCAUGCGCAAACAAAUGCACACGUGCACGCGUGUGUGUACGCGUCACCCCUGCAGCCACUGCUACGUCUUUCUCCCACCAUCUAGCUUGCUUGUGUUUGCUUCGUUGAGCCCCUUUGCCUCUUCAUCGUUGUCGUCGUCUGCGUUUGUGUUUCGUCUUUGCUCGUGACUCGUGCGCUGCCCUGUGGUGCUUGUUGUCCCUUCCUCUCGCUUCCUCUAUUUCAGUGCCUUGUUUCGGUGCUGUUGUUGCAAUGAAUCCCUCCAUUUUCCAUUCUGACGAGAGGUAGUCAUGUCAUGCCACACCCAGCAACAGCAGC